UUGGAUGGUGAUGAUGAUGAAGCUUCCGUCUUUCUUAGUAUCACUGACCCCCCUCUGAUUAAUUUUAUGCGGGCGUCAGGGCUUCGCAGCGUUUGCGCCUUUGGAGCUGUACUGGUGGAACUGCUUUAGCAAUAGAACUAGAAUUAGAAUUUCAUAAUUGGGGCUUGGGCUCUACUCUUUUCUCUUUUAUUCAGAAAGGGAAGAAUACUAUGGAAGGAAAUUCUGGCGGAAACGACGUUGAAUUGCUCUGCAAAACGCUCCAGGUGGAGCACAAACUCUUCUACUUUGAUCUGAAGGAGAAUCCUCGAGGUCGGUAUCUGAAGAUUUCUGAGAAGACUUCCGUUAACCGGUCGACUAUUAUCGUUCCCGUCAAUGGCAUUUCCUGGUUCUUAGAUCUCUUCAAUUACUAUGUUAAUUCCGACGAACAGGAUGCGUUUAGCAAGGAAUUGCAGCUCGACACUAAAGUGUUUUACUUUGACAUUGGCGAGAACAGAAGGGGUCGCUUUUUAAAGGUAGCGGAAGCAUCGGUGAGUAGGAACCGAAGUACGAUCAUUGUUCCAGCAGGAAGUGCCCGGGAUGAAGGGUGGGCUGCUUUCCGGAACAUCUUAGCUGAGAUCAAUGAGGCUUCUAGGCUUUUUAUCCUACCUAAUCAGCAAAACUCUGAACCUUCAGAACGCCUUGUGGGCCUUUCUGAUGACGUAGGUGCAGGAUUCAUAGCUGGUCAUAGUACUCAACCUGCUUCAGCAUCUGAAUUAAAUGUAGAACGAUCAGUUGAAUUGCCUUCACAGGAUGAAAUCGGUAGCCUGGGGGUUUCAAAGGUGAUCAGAGCUGAUCAGAAGAGAUUCUUCUUUGAUCUUGGGAGCAACAACAGGGGUCACUUCUUGAGAAUAUCUGAGGUGGCAGGAGCUGAUCGCUCUUCCAUUAUUCUCCCCUUAUCUGGGCUGAAACAAUUCCAUGAAAUGGUUGGUCAUUUUGUGGAGAUCACAAAAGAUCGACUUGAAGGGAUGACAGGUGCAAAUGUCCGGACAGUGGAGCCACCGCAGAGAUGAAUCUGAUGAUUUUGGGGGUGGUGAAGCAAAAGCUCACGAGUGUUGCAAGUGUUAGAUCUAUUCUAUCCAUUUGAAUUAGGGGGUGGGGGUUGCAUAUUGGUAGUCUUAUUUCUGUAGUUCUAUCAUUCAAGUCUGUUUGAAAAUAAUCCAAUUUUCUGUGUCGAUGAUUUCUUGGAAGGGAAAUUGGGGUUGUUUGUCUAAGCUUAUUUCUAAUCAAGUAAUAAUGGAAAACCCCUGUAUUGAUU